AUGCCAGACCCACCUGUCAAACAAGCAUGUGAUGCAUGUCGCCGACGUAAGGUCAAAUGCAUUUUCCCAAAACCUUGUGAGCAGUGUCGGGCUGCCGGCCUAGUCUGUCGGACGUCUUCGCAGCGGCAGAAAAAGGGGCGACAGGGCCAAACAGCCAACAUCCUUAAUGAGCUCAGAGCAAACGAACUUGAACAGGCGCUAGUGCGGGAUGCGACUAUUUCUCCGCCAUCAGCAGCUUCUAGGCUUGGAGAUAAUAUACCGACGCCCCAGUCACUACAAGCCUCGGGAAGGUGCCAGUUCUCGAAAACCCCGUGCCUUUUGAGCCGGGAGCUUGUCGAAGCCUGCUCACUAUAUUUUUUCUCGCGAAUGAGAGGAACGGUGCCGGUUUUGCAACCCGGUGGCUUUCGAAAACAGGUCGACCUUGCCGAUACAUCCCUCCAUGCUUAUUGUUUCGUCACUGCUUUCUGCGCUUUUGUGGUUACUCAAACCGGAUUUGCCGUGGAGCACGCAUCCUCGGAAUUCUCUCGAGACUUUUGUACUGAAGACUACCGAAAUUCCCUUAUCGAGGAAGCCACCGAAGCUCGAAAGCAUAUCGAUCCAUUCACAGAUCCUGUACGGCAAAACAUUAUCAUCGCUUUUCUUCUGUAUGGAUGUCAUAUUGGACUAGGAAAUCAACGGCAUGCGUAUUAUUUUCUCCGCGAAUCUACCACGCUUUAUACGGCCAGCGCGCUGGAAAGUCAAGCAUCAUCGGCGCAGGUGGAUGACGAUGACCCUUCCUUGGCAGGGAAGUUGUUUUGGCUCUUGGUGGUGUCCGAGAGAGCCCAUGCGAUCCGCCGACAUAGACCAAUUACGCUCCAGGUCACUCCCGACAGCCCUCAAUUAGAAGACGAUGUACUUCCAACGCAACUGGAAAAUGAUCCACUUGAAAAUGCGUCAGCCAUUGGGUUUCGGUGUCUGGUAAACCUCUACCGUCCAUUUGAUGAAGGUUUUCUGGGUCAGUGGAAUGGAACGAAUGCCACAUGCUCCAUUGAGUCGCUAGUUCGCCUUGAGGAGCGGAUCCAAAGUGCAGUCCCGGUGGACCUCGAUCUGCCCGAUAUACUCAUGGCGGACUUGCGUGUGUCCCAGCAGUGGCUGCGUAUCAUGAUAUGGCAGCUUUCUACAACUGCUGGGUUUCUUUCGACAAAUCCUACUCAUGAAUGCAUGGAUUUUCGAUAUCCCCUCCUAAUUGCUCAGGAUCUCUGCUUCGCAACAUGGAAGUUAUCCAGGCAGAGUAUGGAAACUCAUGGAAUUGGUCUUAUCGAAAAAAUAUUUGAGGUCGCGUGCACCUUGAUUGAUGUGAUGGCAUGCCUCUCAGCGGCUGGGCUCCGUUCUUCGGGAUUCAAGCUUGGCCCGCAGGAUUAUCUCAAGCAUUUCUUUACUCUCAUUCACGAUCUUCCCGGAGGACGUCGAAGGUUUCUUCCACUCCUACUUACCAAAAUAGGGCAAACUCUGCCAUCCAUGGUGGAAACUAUCACCGUUCAUCUGAAGCUCCGGCCCGGCCCCGUUUUUCCGCGCUCUAACAGUGAGGAGUCAUCAAUAUCCGCCGUUGUCGAAAAUGACUGCUCAAUUGAACAGCCAUCCACUGGAUUGGUUUCCGAGUCUGAAAAUUGGAUGAAUAGUAACUUCAACUAUGCGGAGAUGAGUCGCAUCGGUGAGAAAACACCGGAGAUUGACGAGGCAUUUCUCCAAUACUCCAGUUACUUUCCUUGA